CCAGACCACACACAGUUGAGCAUUGGCAGCGCAACGAGCAGUAGUUUGAUCGAGCACAAGAGCCGAGCGUCGCCAGGAUCAAAAGACAAGAGCAGCAGAAGAGCAAACAGGAGCAGUUUAGAAGAGCCUAAGGAUGUCUGUGGAAACGGUGCAGGAGACGCUGCAACAGGCGGCAACGGCGGCGACAACGGGCAGCACCAGCGGCUUCAUGCUAAGCCCCCUGCUAACCGGCCUGGUGGGCACAAUUUUGAUCAUGGCCCUUUAUGAGUACUGGCAUCGCAAUACCCGCGAAUAUCGGAUGGUGGCCAAUAUACCAUCGCCGCCGGCCUUGCCGCUAAUUGGCAUGGCCCAUAUGGCGGCCGGUUUGAGCAAUGCCGAGAUUCUAUCUGUCGGCCUGGGAUAUCUGAACAAAUACGGUGAAACGAUGAAGGCCUGGCUGGGCAAUGUACUGAUUGUUUUCCUUACCAAUCCCAGCGACAUUGAGCUUAUACUGAGCGGACAUCAGCAUCUGACCAAGGCCGAGGAAUAUCGUUACUUCAAGCCCUGGUUCGGUGAUGGUCUGCUCAUCAGCAAUGGCCACCAUUGGCGUCAUCAUCGCAAAAUGAUUGCGCCCACAUUCCAUCAGAGCAUAUUGAAGAGUUUUGUGCCCACAUUUGUCGAUCACUCGAAGGCCGUAUCGGCGCGCAUGGCCAAGGAGGCGGGCAAAUCGUUCGAUGUCCACGAUUAUAUGUCACAGACCACCGUCGAUAUACUGCUGUCGACGGCCAUGGGCGUGAAGAAGCUGCCGGAGGGCAACAAGAGUUUCGAGUAUGCCCAGGCUGUGGUCGACAUGUGCGACAUUAUACAUAAGCGUCAGGUGAAGCUAUUGUAUCGCCUGGACAGCAUCUAUAAGUUUACCAAGCUGCGCGAGAAGGGUGAUCGCAUGAUGAACAUCAUAUUGGGCAUGACACGCAAGGUGGUUAAGGAUCGCAAGGAUAAUUUCCAAACGGAAUCGCGCGCCAUUAUCGACGAGGUGGAGGAGACGCCCGCCAAGCAGGCACGCGCCACAGCCCCAGCCGCUGCCAAAAAGGAGGGUCUGCGCGACGAUUUGGAUGACAUCGAUGAGAACGAUGUCGGCGCCAAGCGUCGCCUGGCCCUGCUCGAUGCCAUGGUCGAGAUGGCCAAGAAUCCGGACAUCGAAUGGAACGAAAAGGACAUUAUGGAUGAGGUGAACACGAUUAUGUUCGAGGGACACGACACCACAUCGGCCGGCUCGAGCUUUGCUCUAUGCAUGCUGGGCAUACACAAGAACAUCCAGGAGCGCGUCUUUGCCGAACAAAAAUCGAUCUUUGGCGACAAUAUGCAGCGCGAUUGCACCUUCGCCGAUACCAUGGAGAUGAAAUAUUUGGAGCGCGUCAUCUUGGAAACGCUGCGCAUGUAUCCGCCAGUGCCGUUGAUUGCCCGCCGCUUGGAUCACGAUGUGAAGCUGGUCAGCGGACCAUAUACGGUGCCCAAGGGCACCACCGUGGUUGUGCUGCAAUAUUGUGUCCAUCGUCGUCCCGACAUCUAUCCCAAUCCCACCGAAUUCGAUCCCGACAAUUUCCUGCCGGAGCGUGCCGCCAACAGGCAUUACUAUAGCUUCAUACCGUUCAGUGCGGGACCGCGCAGCUGUGUUGGACGCAAAUAUGCCAUGCUGAAGCUGAAGGUGCUCCUCUCCACGAUUGUGCGCAACUUCAUUGUCCACUCCACCGAUACGGAGGCGGACUUUAAGCUCCAGGCGGACAUUAUACUCAAGCUGGAGAAUGGCUUCAAUAUUUCGCUUGAGCCGCGCAAAUAUCAAACAGCCGCGUAGAUAGAAGAUACCCUGUAAAACCAGCUCCGUGACCCGCUCUGUAUAGCUAUAUAUCCUGUAUAUAUAUAUGUCCAUGCAUGAUAUCGUAGUCGAACCCGAAUCGAGCCUACCCCCCCCCCCCUUCUACCACCACACCCCUCUCCAAGAAAACAAACCCCCACAGUCAGCCAGAGAGUCAAACUUUGUGUGUGUGAGCUAAGCGCAUCUUGAAAAAAAAAAAAUCGAAAAAAAAAAAAUCGUAGGAAAACAUUUCUUAGAGAAAGUUACAUUUUUGUUUGUUUCUUUUUGGUAUAAGCGGUUGGUGUCCUUAUAUCUUACAUAAUAUACACAUUUAUAUGCAUAUAUAUCCAUAUGAUAUCCUAUUAUAUUCACACUUUUUUUUUCAUAGCAUGUAUUGUGAUUUAUAUUUUUUUUUUUUUGCUCUUUGUUUAUAAUAUUUAUUAAGUCACAUGGUUUAUAUGAAACCCAAAAAUUAUGAAAAAUAUAUAAAGCAACGCAAAUGCAGUCAAAAGAGCUGCAAAAACAUACAGAA